GGCCAAUUGUAGUUGUAGUCAGUGUGGUGUGAUCCGCUCUCGUUGUCCCUCGCUGUAUAACUCUCUAUAUCAAGCAUCAUGUUGUGAAGGUACAAAAACUGAGUGCAUCAGUUCUCAAGUGAUAUUGUGUUAUCUUGUUAUAAGACUGUGUGGUGCUCAUACGAAAGUCAUGAGAACUAGACUGUGACGGUGGACAGGUGUUAACUAGUGAACAUCGUAGCUUAAAACCUGUAACAAUGACUAUGCUGUAUGCCCAGCGGGGAGGCUGCCGUACCAUAAGUAGCUACCAGACCCUGGAGGAAGAUGACUCUUCUCCUAACUACCACCACCUCUUGUCCACCCACCGCCACCUCUCGCCCGAGACCAAGUCCACAAAACACUAUGUCAGGAGGUCUGACUUGCUCUUCUGUGUUUACUUCCCACUCUACUGGUGUUACCUCUUCCUUGGUGCUGCCCUCUUCUCAAAGAUCGAGGGACCCUUCGAGCAAUCUUAUAUACUCAGUCUGAGACGAAUGCGAGCUAUCUUCCUGAAGAAGCAUUCCUGCGUGUCAGACUCGGACCUCGAGGACCUGAUAGUGGAGAUCAUCAAUGCUAACAACCGGGGUGUGUCGGCCGCCAAGAACGUCACCAGCGAACCUAACUGGUCAUUUGGUCAGAGUUUCUUCUUCUCCAGCACCAUUGUCACCACUAUAGGUUAUGGUCAUGUCCACCCAUUGUCUGAAGGUGGGAAGAUCUUCUGCAUUAUAUAUGCUGUAAUCGGAAUCCCCAUGACAUUCAUCCUGCUGACGGCAAUAGUGGAGCGGUUGCUUAUCCCCACCACCUGGCUCCUCUACUGGCUCAACUCUAAACUUGGCCACCUUUACCAGCCAUUCAACAUUCGAGUGUUUCAUCUAACAAUCAUUGGAGUGAUUGCCUUCGUCAUCUUCAUGGUCUUCCCAUCACUCAUUUUUGCCAAGCUCGAGCCUGGAUGGGACUUCCUAGACUCUCUUUACUACUGCUUUAUCUCCCUCACGACCAUUGGUCUAGGGGACUACAUUCCUGGAGAUGCUCGAGAACAACCUUUGAGGCCACUCUACAAAGUUUGCAUCACAGGUUAUCUACUGAUGGGUUUGACCUUUGUCAUGCUUCUGUUACACCUCUACAACGACAUCCCUCAAUUAAACUUGGGACUCUUCCUCCUACGUGGCUCUGACACUGCUCUUGGGGAUCCUGAGCGCAUGAGACUGAGUGGCACAGGGGGCGUUGCACCUAAAUAUACACAGCACAACGAUCAACCUGUCCGCCAGAAUGUGAAGGUGGUCUCUAGGCCUGUAGAUUCUCCAAGUCCCGAGGAAGAUACCACUCCCGUCCAUGCACAGAUGCCUCCAAUUAUUCCAGCAAACCAGUAAAUUGCACAAGUUUUUAUGUUAAUUUAAAAAGAGAACAGUUUAGCUCUUCUUUGCCGACAACUAAAAUACGAUACAGUACCGGUAAUAAACUCCAUUGGCUUCCAUUGCUCCUAAAAAGAAAAUAUCAUUGCUGAUGUUUGAUUCAUUCUUUGCUGCAAGGUUAGAAUAUGAGCGUUAUUGACAGUGAUGUUACAGAUCGAUAAAUCUUUACAUUUAGUUCUAUAUUUUAAAGGUAUUAUGCAAGUGUUGCAGCUUUAUUAAUAAAGAUGUCACAGACUGAGACAGCUUUUAGGUUUAUUUUCCUUUCAUGUUGCAAUGUUAAUUGAAAAUUUCUUGCAAUAAAUGUGUAUAAAAAAUAAAAAGAAAGCUGCUAAUUAAAUAGGUUAUACUAUUGUUAUGCACAGACUAGACUAUUUUUUUAAGUUUACAACCGAGUCACAGGAAAGUGAAAUCAUUAUUUGUCUAUUUGCUCGUCCUUAAAAAACAAAAAACAAAAAAAAAUAAUGACUCUACCCAUUAUUAAUUGUCUAUUUUACACAAACCUUUAGGGGAACUUUAAACUAGGUACGAAUACUAUUAAUUGUUAUGUAGAGGAUAUUUUUCCUUACAUUACUCAAAUACUGUAUAUUACAUACAGCACAGUGGUUUCCAACAAUAUCCUCACUGCUUUAAAGAAAAUUUAAGGAAGCAUUCAAGUAGAUAGUAAUACUAUUAAUUGUUAUGCAGAGGCUAAAAAUGUUUUUCCAUACUCAAGUGAGUUAGCAAAAUGCCUCUGUCUUUUGAACUAAAAAGUUGCAGUGGUUCUCUUACCUUCACCUCUUGAAUUGAUACUGUUAGAUGUAAUUUUUCAUUUAAUCCUGUUGAACUUUGUGUGCCAUAAUGGAUAUCUAAGGUGCAUCUCUGUGUGUUUGAAGCCAAGGUCUGGCCCUUAAUAUUGAACUGAAAUAAUUGCUGAUAGCAGGCCAUCCACUUUAACAUCUGCAAAUAUGUCGGCAGAAUAUGUUUACAGCUUCAGAUAUUAUUGAGUUCCAACUUAGACAUACAAGGUACACACACCUAAGUAUUAUCCACCAACAAUAUCAUAGUUUGCUGUUGCAUUGGAAAUUCUGUGUUGUCUGGGAAAUUAUCAGAACAAUAUCAAAUGGUAAACUGUGAAAUAAAUAUAGAAUAGAUUAUUGUAUUUGUACAUGUUUGUCUUGUCUUUGAACACUACAUAUGUCUGUUACUGAAGGAAAUGUUAUCAGUUGUGGAGGUUUAAAUUGUGUAUGUGGGAUUUGUAAUGGAUUGUAUGAGUCUUGUGAAUCAGUAGUUGUAUAAACUCUUUCCCAAUUAUAUUUUUUACCAGUACAGUAAUUAUUUAUCAGACUGUCCAAUUUGUUUGUGUUAACUGAGGCCUGGAAAUGUUUGAGGUGUUUGCUGCAUAUAUUUUUAAAGUCGAUUUAAUAUACACUAUAUAUUGAUGAGCAGAGUAAAUUAUUCAUGUUUCAAAUAUCAAGCAUUCAAAUUACAACUUCAACAUGCACCUGUUCAUAUUCAUGUUAUGUAAUUAUAUAAAAAAUACAGUACUUAUAGAAUUGAGAAUACGAAUGGGCACUAUCAUUUAUAAACAAUUGUAACUAGUCAAUAUGUAAGGUACUAUAAGACAAGAUUACUUAUUUCUAAAAGUUGAAAUCAGUGCUUUGCAUCUUACCUUUCUUUCUAAGAAAUGUUUAUAGGGUACCCAAAAGUUUAAAAUUAUAAAUCUUCAUACUUUCCUUACACAUUGUCUUUUUACAAUCUAUUAUUUGUAGUAAAUACUAUAAGUAACUUAAUUUUUUUUACACAAAACUUGAAACUGAAGAUGAGCAAGUGACUUCGAAAGUAGUCUGGCAGCCAAACCCUGAUUUUUCUCCGAACCAGGAAGUAGCUUCCACAUAAUUUUAUUUUAGUUUUUUAUUAAUUUUUUUGUCUUUAGAGUGUACUGAAUCGAAAUCCAGAUGAUGCCACCAUAGCAUCCUUGAGGAAUUUGAUAAAUUCAAGAUGGUGGCCAUUUGGGCCACCAGAGCAGAAAACUGGCAUUUCUUGGCUAUAAAUUAUCUCUUCUUGAAGAUUUUGGUGCAAAAACAUAUAAUUUAAA